AUGGCAGCACAGAUGCUCAGCUCUGCAGUGGCCCAGGAGGCGGUUAGCCAAGCCUUAUCAAAUUUGAAGGAGAGGUACGGGAACAAGUCAGACGGAAAGGAGCACAUGGAAAGGAUGGUGAUGGCUCACAUCAAGCUGGAGGCCGCCCUCGAGACAUCCAACAAGUGGAACAUCACCAGCCUGCCAUUGCUGCGCUGGCAGAGCAAGCAAGCUCAAGCGCGCCGUGCAGGAGUGCGACCACACCCUGCGCAGGUGCAAGCAGCGCUUGGAAGAAGAGGAGGACAGACAACACAGGGUAAGCAGCUCCGCCUUUCCCAAGCGAAUUGCUCACACUACCAAGUCGUUCUUGUCAUCGCUCUUGAGUCGCGGUGGCGGCGACAACGAGCUGACAGGAUCUGCCGUCCGGAGAUUCGAGCGCCGUUUAGUCUACCCGAGCAUGGGAUGGAGGGAAUGCUAAUAUUCUUACUUGAAGAUGGCAACGCGCCAGAGAAUAAUUUCUUUCUUUCCCUCAGUUUACGGCUUUCCGAGAGCACCAACAUAGUUGGGGUUGUAAUCAGAUGCCUGGAGCUAUUUACACCUCACAUGAGCUCAAUAGCCGAGACCGUGAAGACAAAGCUCACCCAGUUACCAACGCAGGACUUUUGCUGGAUGCCAGAUGCAGCUUAUUCUGUUUUUGGGAGUGAAGAACACUGGGAAGAUCUUCACACCAUCCGUUAUAAGUGGUUUCGACCCAACCCGCUUUGUUGUCAGCAAAAAGACCUUCACUACGAUGGUAGCAGGACAAGCUCGUCAUCAGAGCCAUUGCCAUGUGAUGUAUACUUAGAACCAGUUACUCAAGUUCAUUUGCUGGGCCAAGUCGCACUGUUAGCUGGGGACAACAGACAGAGUGCAGUCGUCAAUGGAGAAACGUGCCCCAUGAGAGGAUCUUCAUUUCUAAAACUCGGGGGGCACUUGUGGCCUCAUGCCUCUUCUGAAGAUAUGUUGCCUGCAGUUGGAGGUUCAGCAACAGAGAUGAUAAACAGAGAGGUAGCGCCAUGCAGCUUGUACGCAAACAUUUCUUUUGAGCAGCUGGGUGAGAUCAUGCUACCAAAGGCGGAAGAUUGCCUUGGCGGAAAUGUUGCAGCUACCUCAUAUCAGAUGCUGUGGAAUUCCAAGCAUGGAAGCGCAUACCUUCAGGCAGACAAGACCCCAUGGCCGCCCAUACCUUCAGGUCGGAGAGACAGAGGUGGAAAAAAUCAGAAACAAAGUCGGUUCAAGAAGGUGCAGCGCCCAUGGACAAGUGAGACAAGUGAGUUCUUGAGCUCUUGGAUUCUGCAUGCGCCUGCCCAGCUGCAGGCCUCAUUCGUGGACUGGAUUGAAAACAAAAGGCGACCGCCGCUACCAUUGUCCUCAAAAAGUACUUCAUGCGUUCAUGGUUGUCCAAUGAUGUCCUUGUCUUUGCCAGAUUAUCACGCAUCUUUAGCCAGGAAAAUCAGGUCUUACAGCACGUUCAUCGCCUUAAGGACUUGA